GGGGGGGGUACAGCCACUUUAUUUUUACCAUCAGAAAUCGCUCUUUUACCAAAGGGGCACGCCAAAUUUACCAGUUGUGAACCCCAGUGACAAACGUUUGGUUAAUUAAUGACAGUUUCAAAACCAUACAACCAUGUCAUAAAAAUACUUUUUCCAAAUCUCACCCUUCCAACAAAAUUUCUCGUUUUAUUUAGACGAACUAAAAAAUCGAUUGUUGAGAAGUGAGAGCGUGUCCCCCCAGUCCCCCCUUCCAUGGAGACGCUAUGGGAACCUUCAAAAAUUCUGCCCUGGGUUUUGUUAUAUUAGCAAUCUGGUGAAAGUUACGUUAGAACCGAGGGGGGGGGGAUACUCCCAUUAAGGCUUGAAAGGGGGGUCCAGUCGAUUUGAGGGUCUUACCAAAUGACUACCAAAUGGCCCAGUUUCGAUAAAAACAGAACGUUUUAGUUUAGCUAAAGGAUCAGGCGCGUAAAAAGAAAUUGAUGCUACCAGUGUUGUCAAAAAACACUACCAUUUGAGGAUAACUUUUCAAAAUUUUAGCUUUUGCCCUCAUUGACCCUGAUUGGACCCCCCUGUUAGGCCAUAAUGGGAGUACCCCCCUGGGCCUUAGAGUCACAAGACCAACUUGCAGGCAGCUAGGAACUCGCUGUUGCUUUCAUACAUCGGGGACAAUGCAAGUACAUUAUAAAGAGUGGAUUCUGUAACUUGAAACCGGUGCGUCUGUCUGUAAUUCCCAUUUACUUGCUAGCAGGAUGUUUGAGGACUAAAUUAUCUUUGAAUAAAAAGUCUAAAAAGAGUAUCUUCGAAGGCAUCAUGUUAAUGGCUUUACAUUGAAAACCACUUGGCCAAUUCACAACUUCGUUAUUCUUUAAAACUGUGUCAAUACAGGUGUAACUAAUAUUUAGCUGUCCAUCAUUUCAACAACAGAGAAAUCUCAAGAUUUCAAGGCUAUUUUCGAUAGCUUUGAUAGAGGAUUUAUCUUGGAAAGAAUUGGUCGUCAGAUGUGUGCAGAAUAACGCGGUUAUACAGCAGAUGCUUAGCUUUAACCAGCUUUUCAUGAUCGAGUACAAUUACGGAGGAAGAGAGUAAAUUUAGUAAGUGAGUAACAAGGAAGAGAGUAAAGGGGUUGAGAAGUUUUGGUUGUGGUUCAUUCUGGAAAAAAGUGAGUUUUCUCCUUUGAAAUUUCCGCUGGUUAAGGUGCCCCAAUGUAUUUCAACGGAACACACAAGACAAAGACAUGUUUGAUUCUGGUAUAGCCGCAAUUCUAGAUGAAUGAAUAAAAGAGAGUGUACUGAAAAGCAGAAAAGACACAGAGUACAGAAUUCCACCAGAAAGAUGAUCUUGCAAAAUUCAACUUUCGCAAAUAGCAGCAAUUUGAAGCCAGAACAUACGUUUACUAACGCGGAAGAUAUUAUAACAAAACUUUUAUACAUUGUGAUAGCUUUUGUAAACUUUGCUGGAAACUUUGUGCUGAUUUUUGUCAUCUGGAAGCAAAAGAGAAUUCACAAUACUGUGAAUCUUCUUCUGUUGAAUCUUGCACUAGCAGAUAUUGUUUCUGGCAUCGCGAUAUUCCCGUAUCUUUUCAUCAAAGGACGUUCUGAUAUAAUUUGUGGAAUCAAGGAUGGCCUGCCUAUUUUCCACGCAGCAUCAAUGGUCAAUUUUCUAACGCUUGGACUUUUGUCUCUAAGUCGAUAUAUGCUCAUAAACCACCCUACUAGGCCAAAAUGGCGGAUCAGAAAAAGAUCCGUGAAAUGGCUAGCUUUGUGCACAUGGCUGACUGGAACGAUACUUGUGAUACCAAAUGUUGUAUUAUCUCGCUAUAGCCAAAGCACAAGAAUCUGCGAAUACCACUGGUUGAAUGGAUUUGCUUCAAAGCUAGCCUUUGUGGUAACAAACGUCAUUGCAGGUACAGCACUAUUCGCUUUAAUAUUCACUUACUUCUCGACGGUAUACACCCUGUGGUUUAGGCCAACAGCAAGGCGACUUACACGGAGUAACUCUAUAUCAAGCACGCAGUCAAGCCGAAAAAGAGUGAGCAUUCUUCUUGGCAUGCUAAUAGUAGCAUUUCUGGUUUGCUGGGUUCCGUUCACAGUUUACUGGGUACUGUCUGCUGG